AUGUUAGACCAUCCAGUAAGGAUCCCUGCUUGCUUUACAUCCGGUGAGAAGGUAACUGAUGAUCCUGCCACAGUAACCAGGUCAGGGCAGAGUGUUUUCGUGUCUGUUUAUCGUACAAAGAUUGCUGAUCAGUGUCGUUUGAUCAUAAUAAGAUGGUGCAAGAAUCUGUUGCUCCAUGGUCUAUCAGUAUCGCUUGAAGGUCCUGAGGGAGAGAGCCACUACACCUGCAAAGUGGAGCUGAAGCCUUUGUAUUUUUGGAGGAAACAAGGCUCCAAACGGUUUGUAGUGGAGGGUAAAGCUGUGGAUAUCUUCUGGGACCUCAAGGCUGCAAGAUUCAAUGGUGAAACUGAGCCUAAUUCUGAGUACUAUGUUGUUGUUGUUUGCGAUGAAGAGGUUGUGCUUCUUCUUGGUGAUCUAAAGAAAGAUGCUUAUAGGAAAACUGGGUGCAGGCCUGGUCUUAUUGAUCCCAUUUUGGUUUCAAGAAAGGAACACAUAUUUGGCAAAAAGAAGUUCGCUACAAGAAUCAAGUUCCAUGAGAAAGGAAGGUUUCAUGAGAUCUCAAUCGAGUGCAAGAAUAGAUGUAAUUACAGUGGCAAUCUUAGUAAUGGGAACUCUAUUAAUGGGGAUGACCCGGAAAUGGAAAUAAGGAUCGAUAGAGACUUAGUCAUUCAUAUGAAGCAUCUCCAAUGGAAAUUUAGAGGUAAUGAGUCUAUUAAACUUCAUAAACUAAGAGUAGAAGUAUAUUGGGAUGUCCAUGACUGGCUAUUUAGUCCUGGUUUAAGGCAUGCUUUGUUUAUUUUUAAGCCAAUAAUGUCAUGCACAUCUCUAUCACCACUAUCGACGUCAUCUUCAUCACCACCAUUUUCUUCAUCGACAUUGACACCACUGUCCUCUCGGACAGGACCUGGUUCUGGUUCACUAGAGAGGCUUGAUGCAGGUGGUGGGUCAUUUGAUUUUUGCUUGUUUCUCUAUGCUUGGAAAGCUGAAUGA